UAGCAGGCAUGCUUUCUCUAGUCAGCCAGCAGCUCAUCCAGCUACCUGUCACCAUGAAGGCUCUCCUGACUCUGGGGCUCCUCCUGCUUUCUGUCUCUGUGGAGGCCAAGGUCUACGAACGCUGCGAUUUCGCCAGAAUUCUGAAAAGCAAUGGAAUGGCUGGCUACUAUGGAGUCAGCCUGGCAGACUGGGUGUGCUUAGCUCAGCACGAGAGCAAUUAUAACACACGAGCUACAAACUACAACCCUGGAGACAGAAGCACUGACUAUGGGAUAUUUCAGAUCAAUAGCCGAUACUGGUGUAAUGAUGGCAAAACCCCAAGAGCGGUCAAUGCCUGUGGGAUACCCUGCAGUGCUCUGCUGCAGGAUGACAUCAGUCAAGCCAUACAAUGUGCGAAGAGGGUUGUGCGGGAUCCCCAAGGCAUUCGAGCAUGGGUGGCAUGGCAAAGACACUGUCAAAACCGAGAUCUUUCCCAGUAUAUUCGGGACUGUGGAGUCUGACUGCUGUGUGCUUCUACUGCAGCUCAUUCUGUCUCUUUCUCACUAUAGGAGUAGGUGUGGCAAACGUCACACUUCCUUGCUUUCCCCAAACUAACAGGACUUCAGCAGAAACAGGACAGAAUGGAGAUUUCUUCCUAAGAGGCUUGAUGCUGAUACUGUGUUUGCUGUGUUGAGCAAAGCCUCACCUGUCAGUCAACUAAUGUCCUGGACACUGCAGACAGUCAUCCAGCACAGUGAUGGCCACACACAUCUGUGUACAUGAGUUCUUCACCCAGGAAGUAAUUCACAUUGAGUUCCAUUGAAAUUCAUCCUAACCAGUCCUGUGCUGCUUAAAUAUACAACAGCUUUUUACAGGGUCCAGUUGAUCUAUGGGAAUGUCUGUUAUGUGAGCUCCGGGGCUUUGUGAGGCUCAGCACAUAGUUAGAACAGUCUCUAUGGUGGGUGGGCAGGGAUUUCGAGGGCUCAGUACUCUCAGUGGAUGAGAACUGAGACUGCCUGAACUCAGAAUCUCAUCAUGAAAUGUGUGACCUUUGAAAACAGUAUCCUCUUAGAGAUGGACCAUUUAUCCUGCUUAAAAAAUAAGUUCUCUGCUCAUGGGUGAGUCUGUGUAAACCCUUGAUAGGAUGUUUGUGGGGUAUUCAGGAGGGACUAGUGAGCUGUGCUUGUCCUGAACUUUCUUAAGUAGUUUCAUGCAUACUAACUAACUCUGAGACAGAUGAGCUUGUGUCAGGAAAUAACCACAGGAGAAAAUCUAAUCUCAUAGUGAAAACGUACAAAUAGCAUUAAAUGAUUUUCAAUGCA